CCACAUUCCCACACUACCGCCACCGCCACCCUCUCCGAGCAGCUCCGCGCCGUGAUGCGCCUCCUCCCGCACCCCGUCGUGGUAUGCACGGCCGCCGCCGCCGCCUCGUCGUCCACCUCCUCCGGGCCGAGGGGCAUGACCAUGUCGUCCUUCACCUCGCUGUCGCUGCACCCUACACCGCUGGUGACAUUCAACAUGGCCAGGCCAUCACGAACCCUGGACGCGGUCGCGGAGAGCAGGCGAUUUAAUAUACAUGUGCUGAGUGGGGAUGUCGAAGGGGCGCGGGUGGCGGACUGGUUUCGGCGGGGCAAUGCGUCGGAUCUUGGGGUGUUUGAGGCCGAGAGGAUGAGAGAAGGGUGCGGGUGUGAGGUGUUAAGCCGAGGAGGGGAAGAGCAGGGAGAGGGUAGUGAAGAGGCACCGCUCCUUGGAGGGAAGGGCGUGCUGUAUGCUCUGCAGUGCCGGCUGCUUGACGACGAGCCGCACCGCGGGCUCGUUGGGGUCCGGGAUCAUGUGGUUGUGCUAGCGGAGGUGGUUGAUAUAGUGGAGGGGAUAGGCAGAGGUGCGGAAGAAGAAGAGGUGUUUGGGCUGGCAUAUGCUGAUAGACGGUAUAGACAGAUCGGCGCCACGAUGGUCAGUGAG